AUGCCGAUCCUCCUUUUCCUCAUAGACACGUCCGCCUCCAUGAACCAGCGGGCGUAUCUGGGCACCAGCUACCUGGACGUGGCCAAGGGCGCCGUCGAGCUCUUCAUGAAGCUGCGGGCCCGCGACCCGGCCAGCCGCGGCGACAGGUACAUGCUGGUCACCUUCGACGAGGCGCCGUAUUGCAUCAAGGCUGGAUGGAAGGAAAACCAUGCCACUUUCAUGAAUGAACUGAAAAACCUGCAAGCGUCAGGAUUGACCACCCUCGGGCAGGCGCUUCGAUCAUCGUUUGACCUGCUGAACCUCAACAGAUUAGUCUCUGGAAUAGACAACUACGGGCAGGGGAGGAAUCCAUUUUUUUUGGAGCCGUCAAUUUUAAUUACCAUCACAGAUGGAAACAAGCUGACAAAUACUUCUGGUGUUCAAGAGGAGCUCCAUCUUCCUCUGAAUUCUCCCCUGCCUGGUAGCGAGCUAACCAAAGAACCGUUUCGCUGGGAUCAACGACUGUUUGCCCUUGUGCUGCGCUUGCCCGGAGCCCCUUCAGUGGAACCGGAGCAGCUAGGGAGCGUUCCCACAGAUGAGUCUGCCAUCACACAGAUGUGUGAAGUCACUGGAGGGCGCUCGUAUUGUGUUCGGACACAGCGCAUGUUGAACCAAUGCUUAGAAUCCCUUGCUCAGAAGGUUCAGAGUGGUGUGGUCAUUAAUUUUGAAAAAUCAGGACCAGAUCCUCCUCACAUUGGGGAAGAUGGACUGGUUGAUGCCACAAGGCCUGUCAAUUCCUUCGGUUCUCAGCCAUGGCACAGCUGUCAUAAACUCAUCUAUGUGCGUCCAAACCCUAAAACAGGCGUGCCAGUUGGCCAUUGGCCAAUUCCCGAAUCUUUUUGGCCAGAUCAGAAUUCUCCAACGCUGCCCCCUCGCACAGCUCAUCCGGUGGUGAGGUUCUCCUGUGUGGAUUGUGAACCCAUGGUGAUUGAUAAACUGCCAUUUGACAAGUACGAACUUGAACCGUCGCCUUUAACGCAGUAUAUCUUGGAACGGAAAUUGUCUCACGUCUGCUGGCAGGUAUUUGUGAGCAGCAGCGCAAAAUACAGCGAGCUCGGACAACCCUUUGGUUAUUUAAAGGCCAGCACCAGCCUGACCUGUGUCAAUCUCUAUGUGAUGCCUUACAACUACCCCGUUCUGCUCCCUCUGCUCGAUGACCUUUUCAAGUUUCACAAACUUAAGCCAAAUCUGAAGUGGCGACAGGCAUUGGACAGCUACAUAAAAACCAUGCCUCCCUACUAUUUAGUGCCAUUAAAGAAAGCGCUAAGGAUGAUGGGAGCUGCAAAUCUGAUAUCAGAUAAUUUAGAUUGUGGACUUAGUUACAGUGUUAUCUCUUACCUUAAAAAACUCAGCCAACAGACAAAAAUAGAGUCGGAGCGGAUAAUAGGGUCGGUGGGUAAGAAGCCCCCGCAAGAGACGGGCAUUAAAGUGAAGAGUCACUCCAGUGGCCUGUCCCUCAUCCAGAGCAGGGAUUUCAAGCAGUUGCUUCAAGGGAUUUCUGGUGACUCUCCCCUGAGGCUGCCUGAAAUGAACGUGAAGGAAUUUGCUGGCUUCCACAUAGGGCUCUUGAAUAAGGAUCUAAAACCACAGGCCUACCGCAAUGCUUACGAUAUUCCUCGUCGCAGCCUUUUAGACCAACUGACCCGGAUGAGAACUAACCUGUUGAAAACACACAAGUUUAUUCUAGGCCAGGAUGAAGAUUGCCUUCACAGUGUUCCUGUAGCACAGAUGGGGAACUACCAGGAAUACCUCAAGAUGAUGCCUUCUCCCCUUCGAGAAAUUGACCCAGACCAGCCCAAAAGGCUUCACACUUUCGGAAACCCUUUCAAGCAAGAUAAAAAGGGAAUGAUGAUCGACGAGGCGGAUGAAUUCGUCGCCGGUCCUCAGAACAAAGUCAAACGUCCAGGAGAGCCCAACACGCCGGCAUCCCUGAAGAGAAGGCGCAGCAUGUCCCCGCUCUUGAGACGGCCGCAGUCGCCGCCAGUGGUGGCUAACCACGUUGGCGGGAAAGGAUCUCCCUUGGCUGCCGGGCCCCCAUCCAACCCGAGUACUAAAGCCACGCCAGCUUAUAAAGAUACAAACAGCAAUACGGUUCAAGAUGGCAACGGUGAAAAGAAAGCCGAGAAUUUCCAGCUGCUGGAUAAACCAGGGGAUGGACCUUUGGUGCAUCUUGUUCCUCCAUCCCCGGCUGCCGUGGUGGAUGAAGAUGUGCCAAACGAUACGGACUCUUUGACCGGUGAACUGAAUUGUGUUGGGGAAGAUGGACUGGACCAUAGACCUGUAGUCAAUUCCCUCGUCAGGGGCCCUUUAAACUACAGUAUAUCCGCCGAAGACCAAAAACUGCUCGUGGAGCCAGCUUCUGGAACUGUGCCAAAUUCAGUGAAAAUAACAUCCAAUAUGUUUGAAGGGAACAACGAAGUUAUCAAAAUCAAAGUUAUGAAGGAAGUUCGGAAACCUGGAAGAAAUUAUGAAAAAAUCUUCUCUCUCCUAAAAGAAAUACAAGGCCCUGUAGAAAUUCAAAAAUAUUUCAUUGAAUUUGCUAUCAAAGAAGCAACAAGGUUUAAAAAACGGGUCUUAAUUCAGCACUUAGAAAGAAUACUAGAGGAAAUAGAGUUCACCAGCCUUCCCAAUCGAAUUAAUCAUGUCAACAGUAGAUAAUAAUAGCGUGCCGGCCAGAGGAACGGACGGGUCCGGGCGAUGGAGUUUGCUGUGUCGUGGAGGAAUGGAAGAGGAUGUGGCAGCCGCUGCCCCUGCCAGCCGGGCGGCUUUUCUGUUGGCGUCUCAGAAGAAGGGUGACGUUUUUACGCUUGCGCACCUCCUUCGCCGGACACUGGAGGAAAUUGCCGCAGGAGGUGUGGCUUCCUCCCCACCC